AGUGGCGCCUCGAUACACUGUUGAAUCGCUCGCAAUUUCCUCACAAGAAGUAAAGUUCUCAGUUAUUCUUCCUUUUCAUUCAAUCCUGAAGUUAAAAUUCAGCUAAAAGAAGUGUCUUGUAUUUCUUAAUGUUUAAGAAUCAGGAAAAGUGAAGCUUUUAGGAUCAAAAUAUUUAAAUUUUCCACCGUUAAAUUGUGAUUUUUCUUAAAGUUUUUAAGGAUUUGCCUGUGCCGUUAGUGCUGAAGACGAAAGAUUUUAAGUGUAUUACCAAAGUUUUUCAUCUUUUAUAGUAAUUUUAAGACUCAAUUUAAAAAGAGUUAUAUGAAAACAGUAGGAUAACAAAUAGAGACGUAAUAAAAAACGCCAUGUCCUUCAUUCUUCGCAUUUAUCGAUUUUCUAGUAGGAAAAUACCCCAAAAUUUUCAUAAUGCGUAAAACUCCCAAUUAACAAGGGAAAAUGUGAUUAAUUCUUUCGAAAAUGGUGUAAAAAAUAAGUUCAGACACAAUAUUUACUCUUCUGUAAAAUCCUUGGCAAAGGAUCUAAGAAGAGCAGUAAAUCUCCAAGAACUUAACGAUGGAAAGAAUUUUGGCUUUGAUCAUCUCGAUCAUCUUCCUGCAGUUAAUUCUGCAGAAUCUUGUUCCCACAGAAGCUUCAAAUGAUGACCGAGAUCACACUUGCUUCCAUUGUAUUGGAGAUAUGAAUAGUGAAUGCGCUUUCUUUCAAAUGGGGAACUCCCAAAACACCCCAACCAGGCGAUGUCCUCCAGAUAGUUUCAGGCACUGCUAUACUAGCUUAAUCAAUGGGACUGUCUAUCGAGGAUGUAGAUCAGAUAACUUUUGCUACAAUCACACGUGCAAAUUAUGCUACAACCCCUACAAAACAUGCAAUUACGGUGCUGUAGCAACACUCGAAUGCAUUCAAUGUACUAGUGAUCAGAGGUUUGAUCGGUAUCAUCCAAAAUGUCUUGAUAAGGCAGAAGAAAUUAGACCUACCCCCUGCUUUGUUACCUCACAUUUUUUAAAAAUCGAAAAAGGAUGCUAUACUAGAAGGAUUAAUGAAACCAUUGAUGGGAAAGAAUCAUUUUAUAUUUAUCGUGGAUGCUUUACUGAAUUUGUAACAUUUUCUGAAUGCCCCAUGGGUGAUUUAUCCUGUAUGCCAUGUGCGGCCGAUGGAUGCAAUAUACAUCACCUUCAUGACAUUUACCUUGGUUCAAGUGGAAAGAUCUCUCCGAACGCUUUGAUGCUUUUUCUGAGCUUUCUUCUUAAUGCCAAAAAUUAUGGAAAGAGCAGCAUAAAAAAAUUCGCAACAGCUAUAAUCUUUCUCAAACUCCUUCAAAUCAGUUAUGCAUUAUUUUGCAUUAAAUGCGAUUCAUCGCAACAUGAGAGUUGCCACUACUUGCAAUCCCGCAAUGCUGCCGAGAAAUGCGUAGGAAGACUCCCUGAAGGAGUUGAAGAUCGAUGUUUUAUUCAAUACAGUGAGGUUGGACUUGUGACGAUCCGUGGGUGCUUAUCGGAGAAUCCGCAUUUAGUAGAAGUCUGCAAGGAUGAGGGUGAAAAUUGCAGCACCUGCAAUAUCAAUCAAACGUUGAGGGGGAAUUGCGCCAUUUGUGAUACAGAAACUGAUCUCAGAUGUACAAAAUCACCAUCUCUUUUCGUACAAAUGUGUCCGUUUGUUCAUGAAUACGAAGCUGGUGGAUGCUACUUCCACAUGAGAAGUGAUGGGGGUAUUCAGAGGGGUUGCAUGGUCGCUGGAGCAUCAGACUUCAUCAACAACUGUCGUACAGGGGAGAAAUGUGAAAUAUGUCGAGGACAGAGCUGCAAUACAGAAGUUGAUUUUGAGGGGUCAAAUGAAAGGCUUUGGUGUCAUCAGUGCGAAGGAAAUUUUACAUCGGACUGCGCGUACUACCAACCUGGCACUAAAUCAACAGAAUGUACUGAAAAGUUGAAAGUUGGCGAAUGGGAGCAAUGCUACGUUGUCAUUGAUUCAUACAAUAGAAAAGUCAUUCGUGGAUGUACAGGAGAUGAAUUUUGCAAGAAAUAUGAUUGCCUUGUAUGCAAUUAUCGUCACUGUAACUAUCACAAUAUGGUCAAAGAUGAACAAGUGGAGUGUAUUCAAUGCAGCUCUAAUCUGGAUGAUGAAAACUACAAGGAGAAAUGUGAGAAUGAUCUAUUCAGGAUAGAUCCACGGCGUUGUCGUUUCGACGAAUACUACACAAACCAUGAUUCAGGAUGCUACAGUAUUCGACUUCGUGGAAAAAGUUGUUGAUGGAAAAAAUAUUUCUUUUGUUCGACGUGGAUGUAAAUAUUCAAUGGAACCAGAUCCGAGAUGUUACGAUGAUGACGAUCAAUCGUGCAUCCUCUGUGAAGGACGAGGAUGUAACGUACAUAAAGUAAAAGUAAAUCGAGCAAAGAAGUUUUACGCAUCGGAAGCUUUUCUUAUUUUAAUUCUAUUUAUUUUAUCAAUAAUGUGAUUAAAAUAGCUGAUAUUCCUACUAUUAAUGUAUAGAUAUUAUGUCUUGUGAUAUUUAUGCUAUGCAAUCCAAUAAAGAUAUUUUGCAUCAUGUAAUUUGCAAUUCGAUGUUCUUAAAAAUUAAAAAAAUAAUUAAAAGGCCUUUCAAUUUA